AUGAACCAUAGGCCCUCUAUGGCUACAGAAGACCUCAUCACCACAGCCGAAACUUCCAUACUCCCAAGAAGGCGACCAUUACGAACAUACGGGAAACGAAAGGCAGGCAUAGAACGUGAUUCGGACAAGCCUCAGCCGAAGCGAAUUCGGGUCCCAGAGCCUAUACAGGCGACGGAGCCUCGAGGCCACCCGACAAGGGUUGAGUCUCCGUUCGAGGAAUCUUGUAUCUACGUUCGAACGUCGCCAACCCCAUCACCAUCAUCAUCCCCGUCACCAUCUCCAUCUCCAUCUCCGGCCAAAAGCGCUCCAAAAUCCUCCAUAUUGCGAUAUUUCAAGAAGACCUCACCCACGCCGGCAUCCCUCCCUAGUCCGACAAAGUCACAAACAGCCGAACAUUCAGAACCACCUUCGUCACCUGUGGUUUCACCUCCUCCCAAAAGAAGCCUACGCGCUCCCAGGCGACUUACUACUCGCCCGGCAAGGCUCAUCGACGCGAGAGAUGGCAGCCCAUCAGAUUCCAUAUACAAUACCAACAAUUCCACUGAAACCCCAGAAGCGCAUCAAUCUUUGCCGGGAAAUGCUCGAACCACGUUGAAGGAGGACCCAGCAAACUCAAGAAUGACAAAAUCAUGCGACUGCCAAUUCAAGCCCUGCUCGCACCAAACCAAGCCGGGCUCUAAGCGGGCCAUAAAGUCACCCACUAGCACCAUCCAAAUGACACUAAGCCUGUCAGCACGGAGUAGUGGUAUCACACAGUGUCGGGAAUGUGACAUGCUCUAUAACCCACUACACCCAAGCGACGUUAAAAACCACUCAAGACACCAUGCCGCAUUGGCAAAGAUCAAGGCUCAAGGCUGA